AAAAUGAUAUUUGUUAAAAGGAAUUUAGAUUGAACGAACAUGAAGUGGAUUGCAUGUCUCAAUAGAAAAUUAGAAGAUGCAGAAUAGAAACAUGGGUUUAUUAAUUAUAAGUAUUAUUUCUUUUAAACAAUUAAGUGUAGCCGUUGCUGUCCCAAUUAAUGGGAGUGAUUGACGGACAAAAUUUCAAUGGAGGAGAAGCCAUCAACACACCUCUACUUUGCGUUUCGCUGUCAUUCUUAUAAGGACAGGCAGCAUGUCAACUGUGUAGGCAACCCAUCUCUCUCUAUGAAACGUAUAUACCCAAAACCAAAAGGCAAGUAAAAGUGUUUCUCUCUUAGAAAAAGAUGGAGGAAGAUGGAGAGAUGAUGCCAUUUUGGCUGGAAACCUCCGACAGCCGGCGGCGGAAACGGCGGAAACCUUCAUCUUUCUUCUUAAACACCGGUAUCCUUAUCAUCCUCUUGCUAGUCAUUGCGUUUGCAUUUGUGUUGUUUAUCAUCCCUUCGUUUCUGUCUUUGACGUCCAACAUAUUCAAGCCUCAACUUGUUAAAAAAUCAUGGGAUUCCGUGAAUUUAGUCCUCGUGCUUUUCGCCAUAAUCUGUGGCUUCUUAAGCAAUAGCAAUAGUAAUAAUAAUACCCCAACCCCAACAUCUACUUACGAAGCUACUACCAGACCCAGUCCCAAACAUGUUGAUGAUCAUGUCCCAGGAUCAAACCCUUCAACGCCAAGUCAAUGGUAUGAUCGGACGGCUUAUAACUCAUUACAGAGGUUGAAAAGUAGCAGCUCGUAUCCAGAUCUACGGCAGGAAUAUUCUUCUUGGAUGGUGAACGGUGAUGAUCGCUGGAGGUUUUAUGAUGAUACUCAUUUGUAUAAUUACCGUAGUAGGUCAAGGCGACAGCAUGAUCAACAAGUCUAUAUUAAUAAUACCAAGGAUAUAGCUGUUGAUACAGUUCGCACGUCUCCACAGCCACCACCUCAGUCACAUCCGCCGCAGCUUCCUAAGGUAGUUAGAAGAAAACCUAAGUGGACUCAUUAUGAAGAUGCUAAAACCAAAGAGAGAAGUGAACAUAAGGAAGUAAUAUACAGUGAGAUGAAAAUCUUGCCACCAAUAGAUGACGAGCCGGAAAAGAGAAGUUCCAAUAGUGAGAAAAAGACAGGCGGUGGAGGGACUAAAGAAUUCUUAAUUUCCUUAAGAAGAAAAAAGAAGAAGCAAAGGCAGAGAAGCGUAGAAAACCUUGAGGAAUUCUUUAACCUUUCAACGCUUCCUUUAUAUCCAACCCCAUCACCUCCUCCUCCGCCUCCACCACCUCCACCACCGCCGUUACCUUCAUUUUACCAAAGCAUCGUUUCUUCCAAGAAAAGCAAAGCCAGAAAGCACCAUUCAAUGGAACCACCGGUAACAACCCAGAAGCCUCCUUUGCCAGUCAAGAUAAAUAACAUGAACAAUGUAGAAGAGAGCAUGGAAAGUGGGAAUGAAUCACCGUUAAAUCCAGUCCCUCCACCGCCACCUCCUCCACCGUUUAAAUUGCGGCCAUGGAAGUUCGAAGUGCAGGGUGAUUUUGUUAGUAUUAAUUCAGCGGAUUCGGAUGAUCCAUCAAGCGGUGAAGCGAGUCCGUCGGAUGUUAAAAGAAUGUGUGAAAUGGAGGGUGAAGAUUCAAGGGGAGGAGCUUUGUUUUGUCCAAGUCCAGAUGUAAAUACCAAAGCCGAUCAUUUCAUUGCAAGGUUCAGGGCCGGUCUGACGCUGGAAAAAAUAAACUCCGUUCGGGCGAGGUCUAAUCUUGGCCCAACCCCACCGUGAUUUAUGAGCCACAACCCUAAAAUGUCCCCUUUUCUUUUAUUUUUUUCUUUCAUUCUUUCAUUUAUUUAUUUAUUUUCCGGUGGCAAUUUGUCCUUUCAGUUGCACUUGCAUAUACACAAGUUCAACUAUAUAUACAGCUUUUAUUUUUUUCAAUGUAAUAUUUAUUUAAAUUUUAUAA